UUGACAAGCAUGCAUGGAGCAGCUGCUGAAAGCCGGCACAAAUUUCGGGGGCUGGGAGCACAGAGGGGACUCUCUUCCCUUCGCCUGCCAGUGUGACAACAGGUAGUAGUGCCCUGUCUCUGAGCAUGUCUCUGGCGAGUCUUCUGAGAGCAGGAGGGUGCCCUGCCCUCACGGGGUGCCCAGGAGGGGAGAGUGGACACAGGGAGGCCAGCUCUGAGGUCUUGCGAGGCUCUAUGUGGGCUGGUGUUGAGCAGAGCACAGGUCUGGAGCCUUUGCGCACAGUGCCGGCUGUCCCCAGCCUCCCUGCACCAUCCCACCUCAGCAGCUUUCCAAUCGCAGGCCCGGGGCCCACUCCUUGUGCCCCAGAGACCGCCUGAAGCUCCCUGGGGGUAAGCAUGCAGCCUUGCUCUGAGAAGUGCCCCUCUCCCAAUGGCCUGGUAUCCUCCAGCCAGUCCCUAAUGAAGGUGUGCCUGGUGGCUGCUGGCAGAGGGGCACCCUGGCCCAACCCCUGGAGGCUAGUCUUUGCCACAAGGAAUGGACGCUGGCCCUGGCCACAGCCCUUGUGGAAACCCAAAGGGGGCCCAAAGUGCAUCCCUUGGAACACUGACCCUGGGACUAAAGGGUGUAAAAUAGUUCCCCUGGCUAAAGAAGUUGGGGUCUUGUGCUGUACUCUGAACUCUAUGCUGGGAAAUUCACAAGGCAUAUACAGUUGGUCAAAGGGCCUGAAAAGGUCUACGCUAAAGAAUCCCAUUUCACAUUUUUUUAAUCCGGCUUCUCUCAGAUGGAUAUGACCUUGAAAACUUUUUUCUCUGUAAUGUGAUUAACACCUGCAGAGCUAUAUGGUCCCUGCGUGGAAUGUCUACCCCAUCCAUGCCCGGAGCCAGACCAGCAUGACUUCUGGGCCUGGGAACAGGUCCCUUUCUUCCUUUCAGCCAGCAGCCUAGCUUUCCCCACGCUGGUCGUGGACAUCCAACAGUCCUUAGCCUAAGCCAUGCAACCAGAGGAGAUAAAUAGCCAGAGCUGUUGGGGGCAGGGGCGCUGAUGUGUGGGAACUGUUGGCUGGGCAGGGAGGGGGUGGGAGGAGAUGAAGGUCUGGGCUGAGACAGGAGACACACUCUGUUGGCCCGUCCUGGUGCCCACCCCCCUCCCCCCAGGGACAGGCCUGAAGGGCGCAACCAUGCAAAUUGGGACUUAAAUUUAACUCUAUGUAAAUGUAACUCUAUGUAAAAGUCUAGUGAGUUAGCUGUCCAGCUCAUUGCAUGCGUGUGCGUGUGUACACACACACAGGCAGCGGUUGCACAUGGGUGGCCCUUGGACUACCUCUAGCCCACAGACAGGUUUUGUUUGACCAGAGUUGUAUUUAUUUGUUUUGUUUUGUUUUUUUUCAAAGCAAGACACGAAACUCUGGCUUCUUGCUGCUUUUAAAACAGUAGAAGAUAGGGCAGUGCUGGGCUCACGUUCCCACUUGACUGGAACUGAGAUAGGCAUGGCCUUUACUCAAGGCUGGUGUCCCCACCUGGUUGAUUAGUUUCCUACUGAGCCCAGGGUACAGGGCAGGGGGGGUGGUGCUCUGAGUGGUCCCUUGGACCACAUUCUCCUGAGUCCUCUCAGAUCCAUCUAAAUGCUCUCCUGGCAUCAUACUUAAUGACUGGCUUUAGAGUUGUUGUUGUUUUUUUUUUUCUCCUGGUCUUUAAAAUCAGAGUUUGGCCCUGUCUCUUUCUUAUGUGAAACCCUUCCUUGGUUUCCCCAAGGCUCCUGCCUAGACACAGCACCAUGCAUCUCCUUGGCCCUUCGCUCCUGCUUCUUGGAUAUUUGGUUUUCUCUGACUCGACUUAUAAUGCCUGGACGUUUAAGCAUCCUAAGACCCUCUAUGCCUGGGAUGGAGCCUGCGUCUGGAUCCCUUGCACAUACAGUUCGCUAAAGGGUAGUGGACACAUCCUAGAUAACCUGACUGUGUACCACAAUUUUACAUAUAACAAGACGGCCAAGAACUACAUUGGGACCGUCCUCUAUUCUAAGAACCUGACAACUGAGGAGUCUACCUCCAGUCAGGAAAGGGUACGAUUCCUGGGAAACCGCAGAAACAACUGUACGCUCCUCAUCAAUCCUGUCAGAGUCGAUGACAGCGGUCUUCUGGGGCUGAGGGUGAUGUCGAGGACUGACAAAUGGAUGGCAUCUCUAAACCUCAGCAUCUCUGAGAGGGCUCCUCAACCCCACAUAGAGCUCCCUCAGGAAAUCCGGGAGGACCAGGAAGUCACUGCCACCUGCUCCCUGAAUUUCGCCUGCCAUGAUUACCAGAUCCAUCUGCGGUGGUCCCUGGAGGGGUCUGUGACCACUUCUACCAUCCUCUCCACUGAGACAGUCACCACCCAGAGCAGCCUCCAUUUCCAGCCCAACUGGACUCACGAUGGCAAGAACCUGACCUGCCAGCUCUGGGACCCCAUGAAAAAGCGGCUACUCUCGGAGAAAACAGUGUUGCUGGAAGUGAAGUAUGCACCAAAGUUGAAGAUCCAGGUCAGCCCCGAAGAAGCCACCGUCCCAGAGGGAGAGUCUGUGACCAUGAGGUGCCAGGUCAUGGGCAGCAACCCGCCACACGGGACUGUGUCCUGGUUCAAGGACAGGACUCGACUGAAGGAGCAGGGGACAACAGUCACUCUGCCCGAAGUGACCAGGACGAUGAGCGGGCAGUACACGUGCCAGGUCUCCAACGAAGUGGGCACAAGACGGUCAGAUGUGGUGGAUCUCCAGGUGCACUAUGCUCCAGAGCCUUCCUCGGUUCAGAUCUCCCCCUCGUCAAUUAAAGAAGGAGUUACAGUAGAGCUGGCUUGUAUAUCGGCAGCCAACCCUCCUCCAGCUAAUUAUACCUGGUACUUCAAUGGCCAAGAAAUGCUUGGAAAGAACGGCAGGACCUUCCAGAUCCCUCAAGUCCUCGUCAAGCAUGCUGGGAGGUACUCCUGCUUGGCAGAAAAUAGUCUUGGGCCUGGAUCUGUUGACCAGGAAGCUGACUUGGACGUCCAGUAUCCCCCCAAGGGGGUCACCACGGUGAUUCAAAACCCCACACCGAUUCGAGAAGGAGACAGUGUGACCCUGUCCUGCACCUUCAAUUCCAGUAACCCCAGAGUUACUCGAUAUAACUGGAACAGCCCAGGCUCCCAGGACCAAACAUCACAGGAGAAGCUGACGAUUCGAAAAGUCACGUGGGACGCAGCGCCAGUCAAAUGCGAAGCCUGUAACCAGUGGUGUUCGUGGUCUCCCUCUGUUAACCUGAACGUCCACUAUGCUCCCAAGGACGUCAACAUCCAGAUCAGCCCUCAUACAGAGGUCCGAUCUGGGGAUCAGGUCUUCCUCCGGUGUGAGUUCUCAAGUAGCCAUCCCGAGGAUGUCCACUUCUUCUGGAAGAAAGAUGGAAGCCUUCUGAAGAAACAGAAGACACUUACCUUUGACCCCAUCUCUCCAGAAGAUUCGGGAACCUACCACUGCUUGGUCAACAACUCCAUUGGACAGACCUCAUCUGAGGCCUGCGAGCUCCGAGUGCUCUAUGCUCCCAGGAGGCUGCGUGUGUCCAUCAGCCCGAAAGACGGCGUGGUGGAGGGGAAGAUGGCAGUCCUGACCUGUGAGAGCGACGCCAACCCUGCCCCCUCCCACUACAACUGGUUUGAUGGGAAUAACCAAGACCUCCACCAUUACGGUCAGACGCUGAGGUUGGAGCCCGUGAAGCUGCAGCACUCAGGCAGCUACUGGUGCCGGGGGGCCAACCGUCUGGGCCAGAGCCAGUCGCCCCCCACCACCCUCACUGUCUACUACAGCGCUGCCACCAUCAGCAGACGUGCGGCCUUGGGAGUGGGGUUCUGCCUGGCCAUCUUCCUUCUGGCCAUCUGGGGAGUCAAGCUUCAGCGGAACUGGAAGAGGAUUCAGAGACAGCAGGGCCUUCAGGAAAGUUCCAGUGGACAGAGCUUCUUUGUGAGGAAUAUAAAGGCUAGAAGGACCCCCCAAGCUGAACGCCCCCACUCCCUGGGGUGCUACAACCCAGUGAUGGAAGAUGCAGUCAGCUAUGCUACCUUGAGCUUUCCUCUUGGCGAGACUGAUACACAGAGACUUAGAGACGCAGAGAGCUCAGAGAUGAGGGAAAUUCCCCCAAGCAGGGAUGACAGCGUCACCUAUGCUGUGGUGCAGAACCAUCAAGUGGCCGACUAUGAGAACGUGACUCCGGAGGUCCUAGACGAUGAGGGCAUUCAUUACUCGGAGCUGGUCCACUUCGGGAAUGGGAAGAGGGCACUGGCCCAGGAAGGAGUGGAAUACGUGACCCUCAAGCACUGAUGGGCCAAAACCUUCUCAGCCCCCACUGCUCUGCUGGGGCAUUAUACAUGUGCACGCACUCAUGCAUGGUUAUUGCAACCCAGCUGGUGCAGAGAACUUUGUACGUGGCCCAGACACGGUCUCCCUUCUUAGCACUGGUAACCCUUGAAAGGGUUUGUUCCUGGUCCUUUCCUCCCAGCAUCUCAUCUACAUACUUACCCUGAACUGUACACAUCUUCCCCCUGACCCUCCCCAGCCAUCUGUCACCACCUGUGUGUGUGUGGUCUGUUAGUCACUCAGUCGUGUCCAACUCUUUGUGACCCCAUGGACUGUAGCCCGCCAGGCUCCUCUAUCCAUGGGAUUCUCUGGGCAAGAACACUGGAGUGGGUUGCCAUGCCCUUCUCCAGGGGAUCUUCCCAACCCAGGAAUUGAACCUGGGUCUGCUGCAUUGCAGGCGGAACCUUUACCAUCUGAGCCACCAUCUGCCCCCUCCCAAACCCCAUCCCCUAGAUGGCUGUGUCCCCGCUGGGAUCAGCUGGUCAUUAUUUUUAUUUCUCUCUCACCCUGUUCCUUUGACAAGUGACCCCUGCUCUAAUAACUGCACUCACUAAUAUAAUGCCUAAUUUUUGCCUCUGGGACAAAGCCCGGGAAAUGAGGAGUAGAAACGAGGUAGAGAGAGGCACUGCCCUGGGCCGGUUCCUCUUCUAGGAGGCAUUCCACGUAGUGGAUGAUGCUGCUGCGGCCCCUGUCCUUGGAGGUCUCGGGGUCUGAGACGUACACCGAUGUGGAGACACAUGUAACAGACACAGAGCUGCACAAUAAACCUGACUCAGACAUCGC